GAGGAUUUCGUGCUGAAAUUCGUAGGGAGAUGCGAUCUGUCUGAAAAUCCGAUGGGGGAUUGCGUCUUGGGGGUGAUGGCUUUAUCUUUUUUUGGGAAUAUGUGGGAGCUAGGUCAAAUUAGUUACAGGAGUCUGCAGUUCCCUAGAUCGAUGAUCUGAAACCCAUCCGCCGUUCACUUUCGUGAUUCGUUCUUCCUCUAAAUCGCGGGGGCUACUGCCAUUAGAUGUCAAUUCUGUCGUGAACAUUCCCUUUUAGGGCAAUUUCAGGGAUGGGGUCGGGAUUUAAAGCUUCAAUUGGGAGGGGGCUCAUGUGCUUAUUCCUUGAUUCCUGGCUAGAGUGGUAAAAGCCCGUUGCUGUUUUUGGCAGAUCCUCUCUUUUCUUUAUCUGAAGGUUUUACCCUAGCAGUUCUGAUCCUCAGCUAAUUUUGGUGGUGCUCAGGACAAUCCACGAACUUGUCCCUUUAUAUUGCAAAUGCUGAAAUUGGGAGUUCACAAUAUUGGGACAUUGCGUGUACUUGAAUUGCCAAGAUUAGAGCUUAAAAUUCAAAUCUUGAGCGCCGAAGUGAUAUACUUCAGUGGUUUUUUAACCAUGGCAGCUAGCCUUGCCAACAUUCUGCGUUAAAACUUGAGAAGGAACUGAGGGAGAAAUCAUAAAAUUGGAAGGAAAAUGUGAAAGGAGGAGGCAAGCCAUCUUUGGGCAGCAGUAGUUGGUCAUUAAUCUCUGAGAUCAAUAGUUUUCCAAGAUUAUGGCUUUUAAGAUAAUCCAGAAGGAGAAUGUGAAGUUCCAGAGAUCACGAUUAAAGCAUACUAUUUGCAAGAUUGAUUUGCAAGAUUAUAAGGCCCAUGGAUUAGAAAAAUCAUGGCAAGGAUCAAGAAGAUAAUGCAAGCAGAUGAAGAUGUAGGGAAAAUUGCAUUAGCAGUUCCUGUUCUAGUCUCUAAAGCAUUAGAAUUAUUUUUGCAAGACCUUUGUGACCGUACAUACGAGAUAACACUUCAAAGGGGAGCAAAGACUAUGAAUUCGCUGCAUUUAAAGCAUUGUGUGCAAAGCUAUAAUGUGUUUGAUUUCCUGAGGGAGAUUGUCAGCAGGGUUCCUGACUAUGGUCAUGGUCAUGGUCAUUCAGAUGCUGUCUCUGAGGAUAGAACAGUGUCCAGGAGAAGGAAGGCCACCAUCGAUGAUGGUAAUGACACUGAUGAGGAAUCCAAGAAGAGCAGGAUGCUUGAGAUGGCCCAUACUGGCAGCAGUGGCAGAGGAAGAGGCCGUGGCCGAGGAAGAGGCCGCGGGCGUGGUGGCCGAGCCACUGAGAGGGAGACUGUGCACCAUGAAACUGAAUCAUCUGAGCCGACCACAUCUCUGCAACCUGUCAACAAGAACAUUGUCAAUCAAGGAACAGUUUCAGAUCACAGCUCUGAGCCAAAGAAAACUGCUGAGGAAACUAUCACAGCCACUGAUGGUUCCAAGCUUGGAGCGCAUGGUUUUGAUCUGAACACUCAAGUUACUGAGAAUGAGGGCACCCCAGCGAAAGUUCCAGUAGCUGGUGUUUCAUCUGAGGAACCUAAUGUUGAUGAGGCCAAACACGAAGAAUAUCCAGGAUGGUCACUGUCCGAGGUUGACAAGAUGUCCAUUGACCCUCUUCAAUUAGCAAAUCUGGGUACCCGCAUUGAUGAGGAUGAUGAAGACUACGAUGAGGAGGGCUGAAACCAGGAGCCUCAUGUAGGAACUCUAGAUGGGUCGGAUAACUGGGAGAUCAUGGGGAGAGUACAUGAGGAGCAGAAGAGGUCCAAAUCGUCACCAGACAAGCGGUAUAUGCAUGUGGAAGAUUGUACCCUGUUUGGUGCUCCUUGGCAAGAGUUUAGUUCCUCUCUGCAUUUGGUUUGAUAUUGCAUCUGAAUUUUACCAUAUUGUAAGCUAACAUCAUCAUUCUCCAAGAAUGUAGUCCUUCGCUGUUAGAUUUUCUCAGGCAAUGUAGUCUUAAGAGAAUGUUAGAAGAACCAGGUUCUGCUCUUUUAGUCAUCCAUUAUUGUAGUAAAAAUUUGGUUAUCUAAAUGAAGCAAGGGUUAGGAAGGCUUCUCUCUGCA